AGCCUGCCACAACCGCGACUCGCUCAACGUCGCGCUCCUCUGCCCACCAUGUCUCUCCGCGUCCUCAUCGUCGGCAGCGGCGGACGCGAGCACGCCCUCGCUUGGCGGCUCGCACGCUCGCCCCUCGUCGAUCACGUCUUUGUCUGCCCUGGCAACGGCGGAACUGCGCACGAGCUUAAGUCCACCAACGUCGAUAUCUCGGCAACAGACUUCCCCGCCCUGGUCAGCCUCGCGGUCGCCAACAACGUCUCGCUCGUCCUCCCCGGCCCCGAACAGCCUCUCGUCGAUGGCAUCGAGGAGCCAUUCCGCAAAGUCGGCAUCCCCGUCUUUGGUCCGUCCGCCCUGGCCGCCCGCAUGGAGGGCUCAAAGGCAUUCUCAAAGGACUUCAUGGCGCGGCAUAAGAUCCCCACCGCCCAAUUCAAGGUCUUCAAGGCGGAAGAGGUCGAGCAAGCCAUCGAAUAUGUCAAGACGUGCGGCUUCAAGACCGUCCUCAAGGCCAGCGGGCUGGCUGCAGGCAAGGGCGUCCUCAUCCCGGAGACCGUCGACGACGCAAUCGCUGGCCUACGCGAGAUGCUGGUCGAUCAUGUGUUCGGAGCAGCAGGCAGCGAAGUUGUCGUUGAGGAAUUGCUCACGGGCCCCGAGGUCUCUGUGCUCGCGUUCGCGGAUGGAUACACGAUCGUGCCCCUCCCAGCCGCGCAGGACCACAAACGCAUCGGUGAGGGCGACACGGGGCCAAAUACGGGUGGUAUGGGCGCGUACGCACCUGCUCCGGUUGCGACACCUGCGGUCAUGGAUCAAAUAAUGAAAGAAGUCCUGCAGCCUACCAUCUCGGGGAUGCGCAAGGAGGGCUUCCCUUUCGUCGGCAUGCUGUUCACGGGCCUCAUGCUGACACCCUCCGGGCCCAAGGUGCUCGAGUACAAUGUGCGCUUUGGUGAUCCCGAGACCGAGGCGUUGAUGCUACUCCUGAGUGACGACACCGACCUCGCCGCUGUCCUGCUUGCCUGUGCUGAGCGUCGUCUCGACUCCGUGCAGGUAAACACGCGACCGGGCUUCAGUGUCUCCGUCAUCCUCGCCUCCGCAGGCUAUCCCGGAAGCUAUGCCAAGGGCAAGCAAAUUACUGUUGGGGACUUGCCCUCAGGUGUUGUGGCUUUCCACGCCGGUACGAGCCAAAAAGGCGAUCAAGUCGUCACAUCGGGUGGUCGAGUCAUGGCGGUAACAGCAUACGCGCCAACGCUGCGCGAGGCGCUCGACCUGGCGUACGCAGGUGUCGAAAAAGUCUCGUUUGAAGGCAAGGCUUACAGACGGGACAUCGCACACCGUGCACUCACGGCCGAGGCAAAUAAGCCGGGCCUGACGUACGCACAGGCGGGCGUCUCGGUCGACGCGGGCAACUCGCUCGUAGACGCGAUCAAGCCACUCGUCCGCUCGACGCGCCGUGCGGGCGCGGAUGCGGAGAUUGGCGGCUUCGGGGGCGUGUUCGACCUGAAGGCGGUGGGCUACACCGACCCCGUGCUCGUCAGUGGCACAGAUGGCGUUGGGACCAAGCUGCGCGUGGCGAUGGACGCUGGUAUCCACGACACCGUUGGAAUUGACCUGGUUGCGAUGUCGGUGAACGACCUGCUCGUACAGGGCGCAGAGCCUUUGUAUUUCUUGGAUUACUACGCGUGUAGCAAACUCGACGUACCUGUCGCAACUCAGGUCAUCAAGGGUGUUGCUGAAGGCUGCCGGCAAGCAGCAUGCGCUCUCAUCGGGGGAGAGACUGCAGAGAUGCCCGGGAUGUAUCAUGAUGGGGAUUAUGAUCUCGCCGGCUUUGCAGUCGGGGCGGUUGAGCGGCAUCUAAUCCUUCCCCAGCCUAACAUCGUUGCGGGCGACGUGCUCCUCGGUAUCCCGUCCUCAGGCCUGCACUCCAAUGGCUUCUCCCUCGUCCGCAAGGUCAUCGCGCUGUCCGGACUCACCUACGCAAGCCCUUGUCCUUGGGACGCACAAACCACGCUCGGGCGUGCGCUCCUCGAGCCCACCCGCAUCUACGUCAAAUCCCUCCUCCGCGCCGCGCAGGCGGGCCUGAUCAAAGGCAUGUCGCACAUCACCGGCGGCGGCUUUAUCGAGAACGUCCCCCGCGUGCUGCCCAAGGGCCUAGGAUGCCAUAUCGAUGCAUCAUCGUGGGAGCUCCCACCCGUCUUCCGCUUCCUCAUGCAGCACGGCGGCGUCGCGCCGCUCGAGAUGGCGCGCACGUUCAACAACGGCAUCGGUAUGGUGCUCAUCGUCGACGCGAAGAAUGUCGACGAGGUGAUUCGGCUGCUGCGCGAGGCGGGAGAGCCCGACGUGUAUAAGAUCGGCGCGGUGACCGCCGCGAGCGGGGUACACAUGCAAAAUCUGGAUGCGUGGAAGGUGUAG